AUGGAUGCUGUGGCAGGCAGCCCCCUGGGAUGGCUCUGUGCGGGUGUCACUGUGCUUUUUGGGGUGACCCUACUCUGCACAGCCAAGAGGAACCUGAUGGAGAAAGCAAACGUGCUGGUCUGGAGCCUCCUGCCCGCCUCCCUGGGGCUGCUGUGCGUGGCCCCGCUGGGCGCUGGUGGGGGGCUGGGGGUGUUCUGUGCCACAUACCUGCUCUCCUCCCUGUACCUGGGGGGCCGGGUGCUGCUGCCCGUGGGUGACAAAGCUGUGCUCAUCACAGGAAGCGACACUGGGAUUGGACAUGCGUUGGCUAAAUACCUGGACAAGUUAGGUUUUGUUGUGUUCGCUGGGGUUUUGAAUGUGAAUGGGCCUGGAGCUGAGGAACUCAAACAGACCUGUUCUCAGAGACUCUCCCUGCUGCAGCUGGAUAUAACCAGUGCCACCCAAGUCAAGGAGGCCUAUGUGAAAGUCUCAGAGAAGGUGAAAAAUACAGGACUCUGGGGAGUCGUGAACAACGCAGGCAUCCUGGGCUUCCCAGCUGAUGGUGAGCUGCUUCCCCUCAGCAUGUACAGGCAGUGCAUGGAGGUCAACUUCUUUGGGGCUGUAACUGUGUCCAAGACUUUCCUACCAUUACUUCGGAAGUCUCAGGGGAGGCUGGUUAACAUGUCCAGCAUGGCAGGAGGCAUUCCGCUGCCGAGGUACGCUGCCUACGGAGCAUCCAAAGCGGCUCUCUCCAUGUUUUCCGGAGUAAUGAGGCAAGAGCUUUCCAAAUGGGGAAUUAAAGUUGCUGCAAUUCAUCCCUCAGGCUUCCGAACAGGUAUACAAGGCACAUCUGACCUGUGGGAUAAGCAUGAAAAGGAGCUGAUGGAGAAGCUCCCAGCAGACACGAGGCAAGCCUAUGGUGAGGAUUACCUCCUGGGGCUGAGGAGCUACCUGCUGCGCAUUCCCACGUACUGUGACGCCGACCUCUCCCCUGUGCUGGCUGCUGUCCUGCACGCUCUGCUGGCCAAGAGGCCACGGGCCUUGUACACACCAGGCAAAGGGGCUUGUGUGCUCCUCUGCAUCUUCUGCUACUUCCCUCUCUGGUUCUAUGACUUCUUCAUUAGUAAGCUGAUGAAUCUGUCCCAAGGGCGCUGA